AUGACAAUCACUAACACUCGGAUUGAAGAUGAAGGACAAUAUAGAUGUACUGAAGGACCAGGAAACUUUGAUAACGCAGAACUUACGGUAGAAGUCGAAUCGGCACGGACACUUGAGGUAGAAAGUACAAUAAACGGCACCAUUGACAUGUACGAAGCAACAUGUGAAGCUGUAGGAGGUAGACCAAAUGAAACAAUCGCAUGGAUGUUAGGUGAUGGUCCUUCACCUUGUAAUGAUACAGUAGAAACGCCCAUUCCAGCUGGAUCAGGUCUAUCUAGUAAGGAGAGUGUCUGCACAUUUCAAGCUACCAGUCAGAACAAUAAUGGUCAAACAUUGAAAUGUGACAUCAGCGGUCAUCUAGUACCUGACCUCAAUGGAGAAGAAACAACUAUUCUUCCUAUACAUAAAAACUUCGUGGAUGCUCUAGAAUCAGAAUUAGACCUCUAUACGGAGUUCAAAUGUGUAGCAGGGAAUUAUCUUGGAAAUACAACAACAACAACAAGAUAUGACCCAAUCGGGCCAUCUCCUGUUCCAUGUGACUGCAAUGGUCUGAGUUCUGGUGCCUCUGCAGGCAUCGCUGUCUUAGCCAUCCUAGAAGAACGACACGUAUCUCAUGAGGCAAACGACAGCAUGGCGUAUGAAAUGAUUCAGAACGGAGAUAAAGCAUACACAUCCCUCAAACUCGGUCCAUCCCACUCUCCCAUCAUUGCUCCUGAAAACAUGACGUUCUUUACCAGACUCGGUUCGAUCGGACGGGUUGACUUCGGCGGGGUAUGGAAGGGAGAACUCCGCUCUAAACAAAGUCAAGUAGACGUCGAUAUCAGGCAGAUUCCAGAUCAAGUGACCAAAUCAAAGAACGUUUCUGAAGCUGUCAAGGUCCUUUCUGAGCUACCGGAUCACCCGAAUGUUGUCAAGUGCAUGGGAUAUUGUCAAGAACAAGGUAGCAUUCUGUAUGAGUUCAUCUCUGGAGGUACCCUACUCACCCAUCUACAGACCACAGGGGUGCAAUCCCAACCCACAUACGGCAAUCUCAAACCAGAGAGGGUUCGCAUCGAUGAAGGUAGUCUACUCAACCUGGCUUGGCAAAUUGCAAAAGGGAUGCAGUAUCUUGCAUCAAAGAAGAUCAUCCAUGAAACUCUCUGCGCUCACAAUGUGUUACUAGCUGAUAGAAAGCAAUGCAAGCUAUCAGAUUGUGGACUAUCUUCAUCAACGUUUAGCGGCAGAGGUAAACCAACACGAUGGAGUUCGCCUGAAACCAUGGUUACUGGUGACCCAUCAACAGAAGGAGAUAGCUGGUCUUUUGGUAUCGUCUUGUGGGAAAUUGUGACAUUAGGGGCGAGGCCAUACCCUAAAAUGACCUUUGACACUGUCCAAAAAGAGGUUGCCAAUGGUUACCAGAUGCCACGCCCUCGCCAUUGUGGACAAGAAGUGUAUUCGGUCAUGUCAGGUUGUUGGGAGAAGGAAGCUACAAAUCGGAGUAACUUUGAUCAGAUCCUCAAGAGUUUGGAAAGGAUUCUAAAAAAGACUCACAAUUACCUGUCUCUCAAUGACUUGGAUGAAGGAUUGUAUGCGUCUACACUGGAUAUGUGA